AUGUCUCUCUACGCCUCAGUAACUACCUAUCCGCCGCUCUCGCAGCUGACCGUCAUCCCUACACCAUCGCCAUCAGCUGCUUCACCUCUUGCAUUCACAGCUCUCCUCAGCACUCACCGCGACCGCCCAAACUACCCUUUCAUUGUGCACCUGCACUAUACCCCCACCAGUGCCCCCACAGCUCCGCCCUCACAGUGGCCUUAUACCACCCUCACUGAGAGCGCCGCCGACAGCGACAGAGAUGUAAUCCUAGCAUUCGUCCGAACAGAAGCAGAGGCCAAUGCAGAGCGCCGACGUGUGUACCGUGGCGUCCUCCCUCCCACGAGCGGCGCUGAGGGCGUGUCGAAAGGCCAAGGCGGGAAUGAGGCAGCUGGUGGAAGGAGGCUGAAGUUCGCGCUCCGCUACAAGAUCGACCAGUACGCGGGCUGGCGUUGGGCAGAGAGCUAUGGCGGCGUAAGCGUCGGCGAGGUCCUGUUCUCCUCCUCAUUACCGCAGAAUGUCGAAGAAGAGCAGCACGUACGGACUCUGCUGGGCGUUACGGAUGGCUGGACGAUUACAUCGUGUGACAGCGCCGCACCUGCGACUAACGCAUCCAUAUUCGAGGUCACAAGUGAUACAGAACAUAUACCUAAGGUCCCGGACGGCACGCCAGCAUUUGGCUCGGAAUUGGCCGGGAAGGUGCUCGGGAAGGUCAGAGGCCAGGUAAGGUAUAUGGGGCUGGUGCGGCUGGAGCCGUAUUGGCUGGGUGUGCAGCAUUCCGCAUCCCAGGGCGGCGAAGAAGGGUUCUUCGACAUGAGCAUGGAUGGACUGUUGGUUUGCUGGUUGCUGGAAGAUGGGCGGGUGUUGGGCGUGCUGGCUUGGGCGGGCGAAGGAGUCUACGAGGUCAUACGUGCGGGGAAUGGCGGGGAGGUUGUGGUUGCCGCAAGGAACGAUACGACUGAGGAGAAGGGGUGGGGCGUGUUGGUCGGCGUUGGGAACGACCUUGAGGGCGUGGUGGCUGGCGUGAUGGCGGAGGCCAAGAGGCGAGCAGUGGAUGGUGAAGAAAUGAAGCGACUGUUGAGCCGGGUCGAGGAGGUGGGCAGAAGAGAGGAGUGGGCUGGCGAGGACUGGUUUGACGGAUUGGCGUACUGCACAUGGAACGGAUUGGAUAUGCAUCGAUGCGACGAAAAGGCCGUGCUCGAGGGUUUGGCCAAGCUUGACAGCGAGGGCGUCAAGAUUGAGACUUUCCUGCUGGACGACUGCUGGCAGAGUCUGGGCGACCACAAGAUUGGAUCAGAUGGCAACGAGUGGGCUGGCUGGGACAAAUUUGAACCCAACGACAAUUUCCCGCGCGGUCUCAAGCCUCUCAUCGACGAAAUUCGAUCCAAGCACCAAAACAUCAAGUCGUUCGGUAUCUGGCACGCCCUUUUUGGCUACUGGGGCUGCAUCAACCCGAAUGGCGACAUUGCCUCCAACUACAAGACUCGCCAGAUCCGAACAAAGGUGAUCGGUAACAUCUCAAGAACGGCUGUGAUUGUGGACCCCUCUGAUAUUGAUCGGUUCUACGAUGAUCUCUAUGCAUGGUUGAAAGGGCAAGGCGUAGAUUUCGUCAAGACGGACGUGCAGCACAUGCUGAGCAUGCUAGAGGACGCGAAGGACCGCGAAGAGAUCCCGACCGCCUACCAGCGAGCAUGGACUACAGCUGUGUGUAAGCACUUCCAGGGCAAGGCCAUAUCCUGCAUGUCCCAAACGCCGCAAACCAUGCUGCACAGCCUGCUCCAAGACAGGACCCCCAAAGUCAUGCACCGCAACAGCGACGACUUCUACCCCGACAUCACCGACUCGAACCCCUGGCACAUCGUGGUCAACGCGCACAACGCCCUCCUCGACCGCCACCUCAACGUCAUCCCCGAUUGGGACAUGUUCCAGACCUCGCACCCCUGGUCCAGCUACCACGCCGCCGCCCGCGCCAUCUCCGGCGGACCCAUCCUCAUCACCGACAUCCCAGGCCGGCACGAUCCGGAGCUCAUUGCCGCCAUGACGGCUGCGAAUCCCGCUGGCACGCUGAUUGCCCUGAGGCCCAGGCCGGCGGCGGUCACGGAUCCGUGGCGGAGGUAUGCGGAUGGGGAGCUGUGUAAGAUUGGGACGGGCGUGGGUGGGGGCAAGGGCGCGGUGGGGUUGUUAGGUGUGUUUAAUAUUGUUGAGGGGGAGGUCAGUGAGCUGCUGUCCGUUGAUGAGUUCCCGGAUGUCGAGGCGCAGGAGGUGGUGGUGACGAGUCAGCGAACGGGGCAGGUGCUUGGGCCCCUGAAGAGAUCUGGGGGUGCUUUGGUCGGUGUGGCUGUGGCGGGGAGAGGGUGGGACAUCUUGACGGCGGCGCCGGUGUUGCAGGGAGGAGGGGUGUCGUUGGCGGUAAUGGGAUUGCGGGGAAAGAUGAGUGGUGCGGCUGCUGUGACGAGGCAGGCUGUCAGUGGGUCAGGGGAUGGGGCGAAGGUGAAGUUGGCGCUGAAGGCGCUGGGGAGGCUGGGCUUGUGGGUCGGCAAGGAAGGUGUUGUUGUCAAAGACGUGGUCGUAGAGGGCAAAAAGGUCAAGGAAGAGUAUGUCUCGUCGAAGAAGCAGCAUCAGGGAACGGUCUUUGAAGUGGAUCUGCUUAAGUAUUGGGAGGAUCACAACUUGUGGAGCGUGGCAGAAGAGCUGGAAGUGGAAGUGAGCAUUGGCUAG